ACCGCCAACCAACAAGGGCAACUACUCUAAAUAUAUAAAUACGUGGAAACAGAUUUCAAAGCAAUCUUUGUCACAAUUUUAAAAUUUAACAUGUUACAACAACGCUAGAUCAAGAAAUACUUUAAAUAAAAGGUCUAGAUCUAGAAAUCUAGUAAGCCUACUAACAAGUUAAUAUAAAGAGUAUCACAAUUCAAUUCUAUUUGAAAAAGUUGGGUAUAAAAUUACAAUUUGUUAAAAAAUGAUGCAAGUUACAGAUUUUCAAAAAAUUGGAGUGGGUCUGGCUGGGUUUGGCAUUGCCUUUCUGUUUUUGGGCAUGCUGUUGUUCUUUGACAAGGGUCUUCUGGCUAUUGGCAAUAUACUUUUUAUAAGUGGACUUGCGUUUGUCAUUGGUCUAGAGAGGACGUUUCGUUUCUUCUUUCAAAAACACAAACUGAAAGCUACAGCAUUUUUUGUUGGAGGGAUGUUGGUGGUCCUGCUGGGUUGGCCCAUUGUGGGCAUGUGUGUUGAGCUGUAUGGCUUCUUCUUACUCUUCAGUGGAUUUUUCCCUGUGGCUGUCAACUUUCUACGACGUGUCCCUGUCAUAGGAACAUUUUUAAAUCUGCCUGGCAUUAGAUCUAUUGCUGACAGAAUUGGAGAAUCUGGCUCAAUGGACAGUGUGUAAAUUUGUGCAGAGAAAUGUGCUGGUCUUCUGGGGUUUGGCAAGCUUUUCUAUCACAGUGUUGCUCACUGGAUGGUGUUAGUGUUGUCAUAAGAUUAUGUUGGUGUCUGCUAGUUUGGUGUUGUUAUAAGAAUAUGUUGGUGUCUGCUAGUUUGAAUGGUGUUGGUGUUGUUAUAAGAAUAUGUUGGUGUCUGCUAGUUUAAAUGGUGUUAGUGUUGUUAUAAGAAAAUGUUGGUGUCUGCUAGUUUAAAUGGUGUUUUUAUAAGAAUAUGUUGGUGUCUGCUAGUUUAAAUGGUGUUAGUGUUGUUAUAAGAAUAUGUUGGUGUCUGCUAGUUUAAAUGGUGUUAGUGUUGUUAUAAGAAUAUGUUGGUGUCUGCUAGUUUAAAUGGUGUUAGUGUUGUUAUAAGAAUAUGUUGGUGUCUGCUAGUUUAAAUGGUGUUGUUAUAAGAAUAUGUUGGUGUCUGCUAGUUUGAAUGGUGUUGGUGUUGUUAUAAGAAUAUGUUGGUGUCUGCUAGUUUAAAUGGUGUUGUUAUAAGAAUAUGUUGGUGUCUGCUAGUUUGAAUGGUGUUAGUGUUGUUAUAAGAACAUGUUGGUGUCUGCUAGUUUGAAUGGUGUUAGUGUUGUCAUAAGAUUAUGUUGGUGUGUCUGUUACAUGAAGCUACUAAAUUCGUGCUAGCCUAUUAAGUUUGCGUGUGUCAGAUUUUGUUCAGCUUUGACUCACUGUUGUAUGAGAAUAAAAGCAGUAGAUUUCUCGAGUCUGUCCUUCAGUCUGUGAGAAUAAAAGCAGUAGAUUUCUCGAGUCUGUCCUUCAGUCUGUGAGAAUAAAAGCAGUAGAUUCCUUGAGUCUGUCCUUCAGUCUGUGAGAAUAAAAGCAGUAGAUUUCUCGAGUCUGUCCUUCAGUCUGUGAGAAUAAAAGCAGUAGAUUCCUUGAGUCUGUCCUUCAGUCUGUGAGAAUAAAAGCAGUAGAUUCCUCGAGUCUGUCCUUCAGUCUGUGAGAAUAAAAGCAGUAGAUUCCUCGAGUCUGUCCUUCAGUCUGUGAGAAUAAAAGCAGUAGAUUCCUCGAGUCUG